AAAAUAUGCCUUCAUGGUGGGGAAAGUCAUCGUCAAAAGAGGCAAAAAAGAAAACAACCAAGGAAAGUUUUAUCGACACAUUUCAUAAGAAGUUCAAAAGUCCUGAAAGUAAAUCUUCUGGUAGAUCAGCAGGGUCUAGAAGACGUUCAAGUGACACUGUUUCAGAAAGAGGGUCUCAGUCACGUGCUCCGUCAAGGUCUCCAUCACCUUCCAAGAAUGUAGCACGAUGUCAAAGUUUUGUGGAAAGGCCUCAAUCACAGCCACUUCCUGUGCCAGGCAUCCGCUUAGCCAAUGUCAGCCGCACUGAUUCUGGAAUAAGUGAAACAGCAAAACCAAAACCAGAAAGGGUUUCCAAACCAUCAUUAUUUCUACCUCUGCCUAGACCUGCAUGCAUCCGCCAGAGACUGGAACCUGCCGAAUUGGAUGCUGAGUUGGCUGUUGCUUCAGUCUGUAGUGAGUGUUCUAUUGAGAGUGAUGAUCCAGUUGAUUCACGUCAGCGAAGUCCUCUGGCAAAUGACUAUGAUAUUGGGUGUAGGACUGCUGCAGGCAGCCCCUCAAGCAUUUCUCUUAAGGAUCAGCCUCCUGUUGCACCAAUAAUCUCAAAAGUCGCACCUGUUCCUGUAAACCUUUUCUCCAAUAAACAUUUGAACUCUUCGCCUCCAAGAAGACGGCAUUUGAAUGGUCACAUGGCAAAUUUACAAGUUCCACCGCAUGGUGCCUUUUCCAGUGCUCCAGAUAGCUCAAGGUCUAGUCCCUCUAGAAGUCCAAUGAGAGCCUCUGGUUAUGAGCCAGUUACAAAUACUGUUUGUACGACCGGAAAGCUUUAUACUGAUUUUCCAUUUCUUGGAUCUGGUCAAUGCUCUCCUGGGUCAGGUCAGACUUCUGGCCAUAACUCAAUGGGAGGAGAUAUGUCUGGGCAAUUAUUUUGGCAGCCUAGUCGAGGGAGCCCAGAGUAUUCUCCAAAUCCUAGUCCUCGAAUGACAAGUCCUGGCCCUAGUUCUAGAAUUCAUAGUGGUGCUGUGACACCACUUCAUCCUAGGGCUGGAGGGGGACAUUCGGAGUCUCAGAGUAACUGGCCUGAUGAUGCAAAACAGCAAAGUCAUCCUCUGCCACUUCCUCCCAUAUCAGUUUCCAAUUCUUCACCCUUCUCUCAUCAGAAUUCAGCUGUGACAUCACCUUCUGUGCCGCGUAGUCCUGGAAGAGCAGAGAAUCUCACAAGCCCUGGCUCACGUUGGAAAAAGGGGAAGUUGCUUGGUCGAGGCACAUUUGGACAUGUCUAUGUUGGGUUUAACAGUGAAACUGGCGAAAUGUGUGCAAUGAAGGAGGUUACAUUAUUUUCUGAUGAUGCCAAAUCGAAGGAAAGUGCAAAGCAAUUGGGACAAGAGAUCAUGCUGUUGAGUCGCUUGAGGCAUCCUAAUAUUGUGCAGUAUUAUGGAUCUGAAACGGUAGGUGAUAAAUUAUACAUAUAUCUGGAAUAUGUAUCUGGUGGUUCCAUCCAUAAGAUUCUACAGGACUAUGGAAAACUAGGAGAAUCAGCCAUCCGCAGUUACACCCACCAAAUUUUGUCCGGACUUGCUUAUUUACAUGCUAAAAACACUGUGCACAGGGAUAUUAAAGGAGCCAAUAUACUUGUGGACCCAAAUGGUCGUGUUAAGCUGGCAGAUUUUGGGAUGGCAAAGCAUAUUACAGGGCAUUCUUGUCCUUUAUCGUUCAAGGGUAGUCCUUACUGGAUGGCACCUGAGGUCAUUAGGAAUUCAAAUGGGUGUAGCCUAGCUGUUGAUAUAUGGAGUCUUGGAUGCACUGUCAUAGAAAUGGCGACAUCAAAACCACCUUGGUCCCAGUAUGAAGGGGUCGCAGCUAUGUUCAAGAUUGGAAAUAGCAAGGAACUUCCAACAAUUCCAGAUCACCUUUCAGACGAAGGGAAAGACUUUGUGAGGCUAUGCCUGCAGCGGGUUCCGCAGAAUCGCCCUGCAGCUGCUCAGCUUUUAGAGCACUCUUUUGUGAAAAAUGUUGUGCCUUUAGAGAAACAAAUACCUAGUCCAACCUCAGAUCAUCCUCCAGUGACAAAUUCUGCAAAAUCUGUGGGUAUUGGUAACGCUAGAAUUCUUCAGCAACCAGAUACGGAGAGACUUGCUAUCCACUCAUCUAGAGUGUCAAAAUCUAAUUUUCAUUCGAGUGACAUGUACGUUUCAAGGAACAUAUCAUGUCCGGUUUCUCCUGUGGGGAGUCCUCUUCUACAUCCAAGGUCACCUCAACACCUAAGCGGAAGAAUGUCUCCUUCACCCAUAUCAAGCCCCCGCACGACAUCUGGUUCAUCCACACCUCUUACUGGUGGUCUUGGUGCCAUCCCAUUCCACAAUCAGCCUAUGCUAUCGCAAGAGGGCUAUGGGAAUUUGCAGUUGCGCCCACCCAGCCACUCUUACUGGGAUCCUGACAUUCUCCGAGGGGCACAAUCAGGAUCCCAUGCUUUCCGGGAACUGACAUCUUAUGAUAAUGAUGCUCUUGGGAAGCAAUUUGUAAGGGCUGCAAAUGGAGAACUCUAUGAUAAACAGUCGGUGUUGGCUGACCGCGUGUCUCAGCAACUCCUCAGAGAUCCCGCCAAGCUGAAUCAGUCGCUGGAUCUCUCUCCUUCGGCUGCGUUGCCGUGCCACCGUACAGCUGGAGUAUAAAUUUGUUCAUUAUCGAUGAGAUUAGGAGUUAGGUGGUUGAGCAAGUCACUUUUUUGGCACACUAUGCAACCAACCAUCACCAUUGUUUCAUUUGUUGGGGAUGCUGUUUUGAACAGCAGAGAUGAAGAUGUUGCUGAGCAACUUGCUUUUUGCAGCACUCACUGUCACGAGAAAUCAGCCCCCGCAUUCCUAUCCCCUAUACGCCGAGCGAGCUUCUAGACGGCGUUGGACUAUGCAGCUUCUAGAAAGUUGGUGUCUUAGUGAAAAAUUUGACAUGUAACUGACUGGUGCUAGUGAGAGAGGUUAAUUGGCCUGGGGAUUACAGCUUCGAUUGUAUAGUCAUUGUUAAAUCUUUGGUCUGCGAAAAAGAAAUGUAUAUUCACAUUAUUCCAUAGAAGGGUAGAAAUAUCACCCCGGAUGAUAGUAGCUGUAGAACUAUUUACAUGACAGUAUGCAACAGCUCUAGAAAAAAAUGGAGAGAACCAAUCCAGAUUUGGUGCAUCAACUUUCUCAAAUUGUACA